AUGUUAAGAAAGAACAAAAUGUUAAUUUUUAAAUACUUUCUUAAUCUCAUUAAUGGAGCUUUCUUGGUUCUUGGACUUUUACUCAUGGGAUUUGGUGCAUGGCUUUUAUUAGAUAGAAAUAUUUUUUUCACAGCUCUGGAUGAAAAUAAUCAUCUGAUAGUAUAUAUCUUUCAAGUUUUGAUUGGAACUGGAUCUGCUAUUGUUCUUCUAUGUCUCUUGGGUUAUUUGGGAAUUCACAAUGAAAUCAGAUGGCUCCUAAUCCUGUAUACAGCACUGUUAAUGUGGGCCUUUGGUGUUCAGGUUGUACUUUCAGGGUUCAUCUUCACAAAGAAAAAAGAGAUUCACCAAGUGUGGCAUGACAAAUUUGACUUAAUCAUUACUGAGUAUGGAUCUAAAGAUAUGCCUGAAGAUACACCCAAGUGGACUAUUCUGAAUGCUUUACAAAAAACAUUGCAGUGUUGUGGCCAAUACAAUUACACAGACUGGAUAAAGAAUAAAAAUAAAGAAAAUUUAGAACAGGUGCCAUGUUCUUGCACAAAUUCUACCUUACGAAAGUGGUUUUGUGAUGAGCCACUGAGUGCAACUUACCUAGAGGGCUGUGAAAAUAAAAUCAGCACAUGGUAUAAUGCUAAUGCUUUAACAUUAACUGGAAUUAACUUUGGACUUUUGGCUUCAGAGGUUUUGCAAAUCUCAUUAACUGUUUCUUUCUUCAAACACAUCAAGAAUAGAAUAUAUGCACAAAUGUGAUCUCUGAACUUUAAUGUGCCCAGAAGAAACCAGCUAAUUCUCAAAAUAACCACCUUGUGUUCUUUUAUUCCAAAAAUUAAAAAAAAAGUUUUGAAGUACUUUAA